AUCAUUUUGAUUCUUUAACGUUCCAUAAAAGAAAUUCCAAAACUCGUUCUGCUUUGUCUGUCCAACACUGUCAUCAGGCAAUGACUCCAACUCGCGGUAACAAACGUUCCACUGUAGCCGGUUUCCGAACUAGCUACGAACAGCGAAGGCGCCGUCUUCGUCAUCUGGUCAGCUAUGCUUCGUCAACGUCAAGUCUAAGCGUACCGGUCCCGGUAAUCCGGGUUCCAUCUUCUACGCGCCCUACUUCACUAUCGCGCGAUGGAAAUAACAAUGCUCUGGAUUCCAACAUAAGACCGUACCUGGUCGGAGCCUUCAUCUAUAAGCCAACCGGAUUGGAGGAUCUACAACUUCAUGUUUUCGAAUCACAUCAAGUCAGAGUUCGUCACAUGGAACCGGAAUCCGGUGCACUUCAACGAAUCGCAAAUGAAUAUUCUGUCGAUACUGCGGGGAAAUCUACGUUCGUCAGUAGUAUGUAUUUGGUUCAGAAGUACGUUCCAGUUCGGUGCUCCAGCGAAUGUCUGCUUGAGCUCAAAAGGAAGGCUUUCUGGAGAGUUAGUCAACAAUAUCGAGUCAACUUAAACUUCAAGAGAAAGUACGUUCCUGCUCUGAGGCAUGAAUAUGAUCCGAUUGAUGGGGAAUUCUUCAGUUAUCAGUCAACGGUUUGUUUAAAUGUGUCCGGAAAUUGAUUAUAGGAUGUUCGAAGAAACUACUGGACCACCGAUCGUUGAAUGUGUUUUGUUUUAUUUUAAAUUAUUAAUCAUAAUAUAAUAGUUCAAA